AUGAGUUUUGGUAGAAUUGGUAUUAAUAGAUUGGUUACAAGAAACUUUUCAUCCACUAGAAGAGUGUUAAGUGGAUUCCACCCAGAAGAAGGUGUUUACACUAACAUCCCAUUCAAAGUUAAAAGAAAAUACAUUCCAUUAUCAGUUUACUAUUGGGGUACUUUAGGUUUCUUCUUCUUUUUCCCAUUCAUUAGUACUUACUGGCAUUUAAGAAAAGCUGGUUCAUUUGAUAUGUAA